GUCAAUUAUAAUUGAGAUAGUAACAAUAUAAAUGGCAAGCUACUGUCACUGAUAUCCUUAGACCUUCCAAUGGCGGCAACUGUACAGCUCGUCCCGUUCCUUCUUAUAGCUUUCGCCAGUCUAACCUGGGCACAGGAGGGUACCGUUGAUCCAGAAACAACUACCCACAUCAACCCCCACGUUCCCGUCACUGCUACCGUCAGGAAUGAACCAGAAGAACACACCACCCACAACAGCUACCUCUACAGGGGACGUCCCAUAAGUACUGUCCACUUCGGAGAACCUCACAGAAGACCAAGACCACCUAGUACCGUACCAGUCCAUCCUAGGAACCAUAACGAACAUCAUACUGCACCCGUUGUCUUUCCUGACGCCACCACAUCUCACUCCUCAGAACACUCUCACCAUACCUCCAUGGAACACCCUCACCAUACCUCUACAUCUCACUCCGCAGAACAUACUGACCAUACUUCUACAUCUCACACCACCGAACACCCUGACCAUAGCUCCACAAUGCAUACUCCACAAGAUACCACUGGAUGGAGAUGGGUAUACAGCGGAGGGCGGUGGCACAGGGUCCACGGAGGUGCUACAACACACACUACCGGAAGUGGAGGAAGUUCUCACGGUGACGUCAGCACCUCUGGACAUCACCCAUCGCAUGGACACCACAUUGUGCAUGUUGAUUCUUCGGAAACUAACAACUGGAACCAUGCCAUACAUCAUGAAUUUAACUCUGGGCAAAUUCAGAAAAACUAUUCCAGGACGUCUGACAACAGCGGACAUUCUUCGCCCGAUGACUCUUCCAGUUCCUCUAGUAGUCACAGCGGAAGUGGACAAAGCCACGGGUCUUCAGGGUCUGGGGAGUCGGGCUCUUCCGGAUCAGGCGAGCAUUCAGCUAGCGGAAGUGGAUCUGAAUGAAAACUGUUUUUUUUUUUUAACUUUUUAGAUGUUCUAUAAAUAAAUAAAAUAAAAUUGUAAUAAAAUAAUAAUAAUGGUAAUCGAAACUGCAAGUAAAGCGUUUUUUUCUU